UCAAACUUUGUCCAACUUCUGUUGUUCCACCUUACACCAUUCCUUAAUAUCCACUUUAUCUCGCGAACCCAAUUUCGAAAACCCCUCUUCACCAACCUAAAACCCUAUUAACUUAUCCCAACAAUCAGAUGAUUUCAAUCAAACAGGAAGAAGCCUUACAAUUUAUCCAAGAAAACCAAGAACCAUGAUAACACAUAAACAAAGAAGAACAGAGAAAGGACUCUGUUUUAAACACUACUUCAAAUGGAUCCUCUGUUUUUCAUUCACUCUCUAUUGUCUCGUUUCCUUCUUAGUCGAUCAUGACCAGGAAGACCUUCCUUUGUCUCCUUCUUCUUUCUCCCGACCAAACACUUUUCUAACUAACCCUAAAACCAAGUUUAUCGCUUCUCAUGCUGUGUUUGAAUCUAAAAUCCAUGAUCACGCACUUAUCUUUCCCCCACAACGUCCAAACAUCAGAACUGAUGUAUUCAACAAUAUGAAAAUAUACGUCUAUGACUUGCCUUCCAAGUUCAACACAGACUGGUUAGCCAACAACAGAUGCAGAAACCAUCUCUUCGCGGCCGAGGUGGCUCUUCACAAGGCGUUGCUGAGCCUCGAGGGAGACGUGCGGACGGAAGAUCCGUAUGAAGCAGAUUUCUUCUUCGUCCCUGUUUAUGUCUCAUGUAAUUUCAGCACAGUCAACGGCUUUCCAGCGAUUGGCCACGCCAGAUCACUCAUCAAGGAAGCAAUCGAGCUCGUCUCAGCUCAAUACCCGUUUUGGAACCGAACCAGUGGCUCUGACCACGUCUUCACCGCCACACACGACUUUGGCUCUUGCUUCCACACCAUGGAGGAUAGAGCAAUUGCUGAUGGGGUACCAAGGAUCUUGAGGAACUCUAUAGUUUUGCAAACUUUUGGUGUUACGUUUAAGCAUCCAUGCCAAGAGGUAGAGAACGUUGUGAUACCACCGUACAUCUCGCCGGUAAGUUUGGACAAGACUCAGAAGAAUAUUCCGGUAACUAAGGAGCGAGACAUUAGGGUGUUCUUCCGGGGCAAGAUGGAGAUUCAUCCCAAAAACAUCAGUGGACGCUUUUACAGCAAGCGUGUAAGGACGGAGAUAUGGAGGAGUUACGGCAGUGACCGGAGGUUUUAUCUCCAACGACAAAGAUUUGCCGGUUACCAGUCAGAAAUUGCUCGUUCUGUUUUUUGUUUGUGUCCUCUCGGGUGGGCCCCGUGGAGUCCGAGACUUGUUGAGUCGGUUGCACUUGGCUGCGUGCCCGUUAUUAUCGCCGACGGUAUCCGUUUGCCGUUCCCUUCUGCCGUGCGUUGGCCGGAUAUCUCUCUCACGGUUGCGGAGCGAGACGUUGGGAAGCUCGGAGAGAUUUUGGAACACGUGGCGGAAACUAAUUUGUCCGUCAUACAGAAGAACCUGGAGGAUCCGUCUGUUAAGCGGGCCCUUCUGUUUAAUGUCCUUCCGCAAGAGGGAGAUGCCACGUGGCAAGUUUUGGAGGCUUUGUCGAAAAAAUUGCAUAGGUCCGCUAUAAGAAGAUCAAAUGCUUUUCUGUAAACCAAUUUUGUUUUUUUUUUUCCUUGUCACGGGUAUUGGUACUGCUUUGAGAGUUAAUGUAUCAGAAAUGUAGCAAAGUGAUUUGAUGAAUCUGAGUUUACCGGCUUUAGAAUUUGAGCUGGGUGAAGUGGAAGAA